AUGGCAUCAGAAAUCACCUAUGCUGAGGUGAAAUUCAAGAAUACAUCACCAGCUGCAGCGGUCGAAGUACCUCCUGAGACGAAGAAACAUGAGCACCGUCCCCAGAAAUACCCGCUUUGGCUCCCGUGGCUGAUCUCACUGCUGCUCCUCUUGGUGUGCAUUGCCUUUGUUAUUGCUCUCCUUGCAUUCACCCUGUGGUCUCUCCCUGCGCAGGGCAAGGCUGGACGUGCUGCCCGAAGGAACGUCUUUCAAAAGAGCUGCUACUACCUGUCGGCUGACUUGAUGCCCCUGGCUGAGAGUGAGCAGAACUGCACUGGGAUGGGCUCCCACCUGGCAGUGAUCACCAGUGAAGCAGAGCAGGCACAGAAGCAGCUGCAUCUCGCCAGCAGGAAGAACCCUUUAGAGAUGAGCAGCCUUGCCUGCCCUCCGUUCUGGCGAAGAGGUGAACCAUCUAAUUUGACUGAUGAGAUGUGUGUUGUAAUCCACAUGGUUUCAACAAUGUACAACUGGAAUGAUGUCCCAUGCAAGGAGCAUUAUCGAAUUUGUGAAGCUACAGCAGUAACUGUGUGA